GCGCACAAAUUGGAACACAGCCCGAUAUACGAUUCCAAAUCAGACGUAUUAGCUUAGCUCGCUAGCUGGCUGCAAGUCUACCGCCCGUCUUCGCACUUCUAGACGCGUGUUUUACAAAAAGGCCUCACGGAUAAUAACAAGGGUGUCCCUAGAAUAUAGGACACACAGUCUACCGCCAAAGUUCACCCCCCUCCAAGGUCCAUCAGAAGGAUGGAGGAAGAGGAAGAACAUGCUGAGCCUCUUUCAGCAGAAGACUAUGCUGCCGAGGCCUUGGCAGCCGACAUGGAUCCUUGGAUCAUAUUCGACGCCCGUAAAACGCCUAGAGCUGAAUUCGUCAGCUGGCUAGAGUCCAAUAGGCCUUCUCAGGUCAGUCGUUUCGGAGAUGGAGAAGGAGGUCCGGGGCCUGUAGGAUGGAUAGCCGUAUUAGGACCAGACCAUUGCCCAGGGCAUGCAGAUGUGACCGGCCUCCAGGAAAGCUGGGAAAAGCUGUUGACCAGUGGGCGUCCAGUCACUUUCCAGACCAUCAAGGAGCUGGCCUUGAAUCAUAACGUGCUCUCGGGCAAAUGGCUAAUGCACUUGGACACUGGCUUCAAAGUGGACCGUGCCUGGGAAUGUGUAGCUAAAGCAACCCUGGAUGGAAAAAUCUCAUCAGUGAAGGUAAGCCCACGAGACCCAAACUCAGACACCAAGCACGUAAUCUGCGUCUACAAUAACAAUUUUGCGGACGAGGAGCAGGUGAUGCAGCUGGACGCGGCCAUACGGGCUUCCGGGGUCAAGUGUCCGCUCUCUUACAAGCCGGACGUCUACACAUACCUGGGAAUAUACCGCAAUAACCGGUGGAAGCUGUGUCCCACCAUCUAUGAGAGCAAGUUUGAUCUGGAGUGCGUGCCCAGACGCUCGCAUAUUGUCAAUAAAGUCACCAACUUGGAGGUUACAUAAGGCGCACAUACACUUCUACCAGUUCCUUAAAGGGGAACUGCCCCAAUUUUUCAAAAUUUUGAGUUUUGUUUCAAUGUAAAGUCACCUACAGAGUGCUUUCAUGUAAAAUGUUGUACAUUGUAGAGAAAUGUACCAACUCAGAUUUCUUUAUCAUGGUGGUGAAAGAAAUCCAGGGGUUGCAAUGUAUACAGCACAAAUUUUCAUUUUAUUCUGCUCAAAACAGUGUCACAGGAAUCAGGCACUCUUGGGAAGUUUGUCUUGAACAAAGCUUUUCACAUCAGACCACUCUUAAUGACUAUGUUUACAUUUCAGUGCUCAAAUUAUGUGGAAUUUGGAAAAGCAGUGCAAUUUUCCUUUAAAGAAAUAUUGCAGUUUAAUUUAAUCUCUCUCUCUGCCUCAUCUGUAGCAUAUGGUAUCGUAUGUCCUACAGAUGUGGUGGAUAGAGAUCUGGUCAAAAGUGCUGGAGGGCCUUAAGCGAGUGCAUUUCAACUGCAGUCUGGAUGGGUGGAAAGCAAGGGCGCUUGGAAUGACAUCACCUAUCCAGUGAUGAGGUGUAAAUGGUGAGGAGAGGAAGGAGCUUUUGCUUACUGAAUUGAAGGCUGCAGAUGUCUUUAGUGGUUGUGGACAUCAGGUCUGUUCUCUUUCACUCGAUACUGCUCCACUGACUUUCUGUUUCUUGAGUUUACGUCCUGCGCUGGAUUUAGCACCGUGUUGUAAAAGACUGCUUAACUCUCCCCCUGUUCCUGCAAAUCACCGGCUGCUGCGAUGCAAACUAAACCCAUCAUUUGUGUUGAAUCCUUAAAGAACAAGCACAACUCCUUUUCUUUCACUAAACUGUUGUUCGCUGCAUUACUGAUUUCAUGCUAUACAGUAAAUGGUAAAGUUACUGUACAUCAGUAGACUGAGUUGAAUGGCAUCUGACACUAGUUGUGUUUAAGGGCUGCAAAAAAAAUUGUUUGAAAACGUUAUUCUUGUUUAAUCUGAAUAAAACUGUUCAUUUUGUUCAGUGUGUACUUGCGUAUGUGUGAACAUGCCAAAUAAAUGGUUUGAUUGUUUUGUUU